AUGGCCCGACCUCGAGAUAUUGAACGUGGAUCACCCCCCCUUGAACCGGACAGGACUACUCUCGUCGACCCAGGAGGUGGAAUUAUUAAUUGUAAGCGCGGCUUUGCAGCAGUAGCGGAAAAAAUAGUAUUCGAUCCCGAUCGAAGCACUACAAUAUAUCGCCGAUUUGAUAAGUUAAGCGCUCGAAACUUGUUGUUUUAUCAAGCAGAGCUAGCAGAGUUGGAAGAGUUACAAGACAAGUAUGAUGAAGAAGAUUGCAACGAAAAAGAUGCUAUCUCCAAAGAAUGUCAACGAGACUGGCUUGAGCUAAAGAAGCGAGCCACAGAAGGAAGAGAGCGCGAGAAAGCUAGAUUUGGCUUGUGUAUGGAAAUCAGAGAGAAGGUGGAAAGAUAUCAUGCUGCACUAGGUGCUCAUCAAAUUCUGUUAAACAGUCAACUGCCGUCCCAAAGUACAGUCACUGCAAUGAGAAAUUGGUUUCUCAACAUAAAUGAGGAAACCCAAAAACCUGGUAUCAGCCAACUCUGGGGAGCGAGCGAAAAAAUAUACGAUGAUAUCAACGAUCUAGUCGCACUACACGCACCUCCAGAUCAGGAUCGAUUAUCGACCUUCAUCCAAAACAGUUUCGGCAUCUUCUUCAUGACAUCAAGGCCUGAAAAUGGGCAGGCGAUUAUAUCUCAUCGUCGACUCUCUCGAUUCGUGACGAUUCUUUCCACUAUUCUGGCGUCGGUACUUCUUUUCGGAGCUAUUAUCUCACUUUACAUAGUGAAAAACCAGAAUGCGCUACUCGGUAUGGUCAGUGGAUGGACAGUAUUAUUUGCAGCAUGUGUGGGAUUACUUACGAAUGCGAAGAGGGACCAGGUGUUUGCUGGGACGGCGGCUUAUGCUGCUGUGUUGGUCGUGUUUGUUAGUGGAAAUCUAGCAGGACCAUCGACUUGUACUUGUAUUGGGGCUUGA